GUAAUAUAAAAGUCGUGGAAACAUUCAAUGCUAAGAUCAAAAUCAACUCCUCAAUAAGGACUAAUUUAGUUUAUUAAUUGAGAGCACCUUGAGAUCUCAUUAAAAAAAGAAAAAGAAAAAGAAAAAGAAAAAGCAAACACGAAUAAUUUAGCAUACGCUUAGCCUUUGAUUACUCUCAUCUCCUUUGUUAUAAUUGGUGAUCACUCCUCAUUUCUAUAUGCCUGAUACAUAUUAUCCUUUUGUUUUUGUGUUUUCUAAAUCAAUUUGAUUCAUCAAUGGACUGCUGCCAAACCUCUUCUCUAUGUUUCCUCAUCUUAAUCCCUUUCGCCCUAUUCGCGCUCCUCGUGUCCUAUUUCAUUGUAACUAGACCGAAGUCGUGGUGCAACUGUGAAACUUGCCAAACUUACCUCACCCUAAGAUGGUGCAAGGAUCAUGUGAAUCUUUGCGAUUGGUACUCGCACCUCCUCCGCAACUCCCCAACAAGAACCAUCCAUAUUCAUGUCCUCGGCAACACAAUCACCGCCAACCCCGACAACGUGGAGUACAUGCUCAAGACAAGGUUCGAGAACUUCCCGAAGGGGAAACCGUUCUCAACCAUCCUCGGAGACUUCCUGGGCCGAGGCAUCUUCAACGUGGAUGGUGACUUGUGGCGGUUCCAGAGGAAGAUGGCAAGCCUAGAGCUUGACAGGUUCUCGGUACGAUCCUAUGCCUUCGAGAUAGUCAAUUUUGAGAUCGAGGAACGGCUCAUCCCUCUUCUGCUGUCAGUUUCGGGGAAAGAAAUUACUGCUGGGGUUCUGGACUUCCAAGAUGUGUUCAAGAGAUUCUCCUUCGACUGCAUAUGCAAAUUCUCCUUCGGGCUUGACCCUAUGUGCUUGGAGCUGUCCUUGCCCUUAUCGGAAUUUGCCCUCUCCUUCGAUUUAGCAUCAAAAUUGUCAGCUGAGAGAGCUAUGAAGGCCUCCCCUCUGGUUUGGAAGAUCAAACGCUUGUUGAACUUAGGUAGUGAGAAGAAACUGAAAGAAGCGAUAAACAUGAUCGAUGUUCUAGCUCAAGAGGUAAUCAAUCAAAAGCGCAAGAUCGGAUAUUCAUCCAUUCAUAAGGAUCUUUUGUCCCGUUUCAUGCGAACUGUGCAUGACGACAAGUAUUUGAGAGACAUCAUCGUAAGCUUCCUUCUAGCCGGACGUGACACGGUUGCUUCGGCUCUAAGCAGCUUUUUCUGGCUCGUAGCAAACCAUCCUCAGGUAGGGUCAGAAAUAUAUGAGGAAGCAAACAGAGUAAUCGGGAGUCAAGAGAUCACGAGCUUCGACCAAAUGAGGGAGCUCCACUACUUGAAUGCAGCCAUUCACGAAAGCAUGAGGCUUUAUCCUCCGAUACAGUUUGACUCAAAGUUCUGUCAGGAAGACGAUCUUCUACCAGACGGAACCUUCGUUAAGAGCGGCACAAGGGUUACAUACCAUCCCUAUGCGAUGGGCCGUAUGGAAGAUAUCUGGGGCCCCGACUGCCUGGAGUAUAAGCCUGAGAGAUGGUUGAGGGGGGGCAUAUUCGUUCUGGAGAAUUCGUUCAAGUACCCGGUCUUCCAAGCGGGGCUGAGGGUUUGUUUGGGCAAGGAGAUGGCACUCCUAGAGCUCAAAACCGUGGCUCUCUCGCUUCUCCGACGAUUCAAGAUCGAGUUAGCUGCUCCGACAGGGAAUCCUGUGCUGCGGUUUUCUCCUGGGCUGACAGCCACUAUUAGUGGAGGUCUUCCGGUGACGGUCCGAGAAAUAUCUUGCAAAGCAGCACCCAUUUAAUUAGGUUCCCUAAUCUAAACUAGAACAAUAUGGGCCAUACGGGCUGCUGGGAAGUAAUGGCAUAUAUGGCAAUAGGCCAUGUGACAUAAAUUAUGUGGACUAUAUUUUACUAUUUGUGGAAUUUGUAAGGUCUAUAUUUAGCAAUUUCAGCAUGAGACAGCCAACACCAAUGGAAGUGCUUGGUGUGAUUCAUGACAAGAAAGCUCUGAAUAUGUUAAUGGCCCGCAGUGCAAUCAGCUAUCACACUUGCCCACAUUUGUCUGACUUGUGUCGGCACGACAAAUAAUUUUUACCGUCACCUUCUUUUGUUUUGUUUUCCUUUCUUUUUCUGUAUGAAGAGAAUGAUGGCUGGUUUGAUUUUGUUUUUCC